AUGGAAGAGAGAACAGACCUGACCAGCGUCAGCCUACCCAUCAUAGAAAGUGAUGAGGCCCUCCAGCCCUCAAGUCUGCUCUGCAUCCUCUGCACCAAAGUAGAGCACUCCGCCACUCGCAAUCUCCUCCCAGUGAUGGGGACCCCAAGAUUGAUCCUCUGUCCGGACGCCCCACAGUACUCAGUCAAUACUCUCUGGAGAGCUCGUGCAUCCCUCACCCUUGCCCUGGCAAGUAGCAGGCAAUCAUCUGCAAAAAGCAAAUGUUCGUUGGCACUUUUUGUGAAGCUAUCCCCUGAUUGCAAGAAGACUUGGACUGGCUUUUCAAAAGAAGCCUUGCAUGACAUCAUCAACUUCAUUAGACUAGCUGUUCCAUCAGCGGUGAUGGUUUGCUUGGAAUUGUGGUCAGUCGAAUUGGUUGUACUUCUUUCUGGUCUUCUUCCAAAUCCACAGCUAGAGACAUCAGUGUUGUCAAUCAGCCUCAACACUAUCUCAAUAGUAUUCAUGGUUCCUUUCGGCUGCGGUGCUGCAGUAAGCACACGCGUUUCCAAUGAACUUGGGGCUGGGCGUCCACAAGCUGCUCGGUUAGCAGUACGUGUGGUGGUGUUUAUGGCCAUUGCACAAGGCUUGGUUGUAGGAUCGACCAUGGUCUUUGUGCGCAAGCUCUGGGGGUAUGCAUAUAGCAAUGAAGAGGAAGUGGUGAACUACGUGGCAGUUAUGAUGCCAAUUCUUGCAGCCUCCAACAUCAUGGAUGGGGUGCAAUGCGUGCUCUCAGGUACAUAA